AUGCCGCCUCGGAAGUCGAGCUCUUCGCCAACGGCGAAGUCACCUGACAAUGCGAGCCUUCGAUGGAUAACCGCCACCAAACCCAGCGAUUUCAAAUCAAAGGCCACCAUGCAAACCGUACGCCAAACCGCGAUGGGUAGCUAUCUAAAAGCUACAAAGAAUCAGGUCAGCAACAAAACUAGGGCCAAUAGCGAAGCCUCGGAUCAUUCGCGAUCGAGCUUAGGUUCCCAAAGCACCACAAAACCACGAACAAUCAAAACGCCGAGAGUCAAAGAGAAGAAGAGUGAUGAUAAGAUACAUCGGUUGUCGCAGUCUACGAGCAGCAGCCAGGAGGCUCCCCAUCAUGAUGCUCAGGUAGCACGGAUUACGCCUCACCAAUCGACCCUCACCCAGACACCCAUUGUUAUUCCAAUUAGAAGUGGCCAUCGGUAUCCAUUCGACCUAAAACCAGUACCAGAUCUGAGAUGUCUUGGGAAUGGGCUAGACCCGUUCGGAACUAUGUUUCAAUCGAGGAACACUCGCGUGAACGUCGAGAGGCUGAAGAUUGAAUGCUCCAAAUACUUCGGCACGGAGGGUCUGGGUAGGUACUGGAUCCCCGAAUGCCUGAGCUAUGCACACACCUUCCUCAGCACCCUCUACAUGGCUUCCGCAUACGAUGAUGUCGUUCACAAUCGAGAAAUAGAGAGUUUGGAAACCGCGGCACUGCGCCAAGAUGUCAUACAUUUCGUAGGUGGUCACCUCACCGACGUGGAGCAGAGUGUGGCGGAUCACAAUAUCAUCGCCGUCAGCCAACUCAUACUGGGGGACGUCAUAAGCCGCGCCGAUUUAGGUCUACGCUACCACCAGAUGGGCAUUGCCAAAAUGAUCGAGCAGCGCGGUGGACUUCAAACCUUGGGUGUCAACGGCCAGCUAGCAUCUGCAGUCUCGUGGGCAAACCUCGCGACCGCGGCUUUGCAGGAAGCCUCUCCCACUCGGAUGUAUGUUGACUACUGCGAGAUGCGGGCGUUAAAGACAUAUCCUUUGAUCGCUACGAUACCGGAAUCGCCGCUAUACCAUCCACACGGCAAAUUCAUGACGAUCGAGAGGUCGGCAAACUGUAAUGCGAAUGCGCAAAAACUCCUGGAAGACGUUCGCACGAUGAUGGAGGACCUGCUUGACACCAAUAGCUCGAGGCGUGCAGGCAGCUCUAACAAAUCGCGCAGUGCCUACGACCGCAUCAUUCGAUUUCGGUCUGUACAGCCCUCCCGCAAAACAUCCAUACUGAAAACGAAAGACUGGAAGUAUGAGGCAAUUCGCCUCGCUGCGAUCGUCCAGGCUCAGGCUAUGUUCGAUCAAGUGCCCCUGUCGGAGGCGCUCGACCGUUCAAGCUCAUCGGACGUUCCCCUUCAACAAGAAGUGUUGAUGCGUGAAGUCAGCGGAGAUACCAUCCUCCAACAACUACGAGACGCCCUCGAGAACUCCGACCUUUCAGACUGUUGGUCCGAUAUGGCCGGAGUGCUACUGUGGAUUGGCUUGGUCAUGGGAGCCGCGAGCAACAACAGCAAAGACAAGAUCGUGCGAAGAUACUUCUCUGCAACAACAAUGCGGGCAUGCAUCAUGCUGUGCUUUGAGCAUCCUGAAGCAAUUCAUUCCACGAUGCUCAGAAUGACUGAUCUUAUUGCAGCCUUAGGCAGAAAGUCCAACGAGGGUCAAAUGAUAAGGAACGACAGCUUCGUGUCGAGGAAGCGAUCGAAAAAUUGA